AUGGAGCCGCUGCGGCAGAGGCUGAACGCGGGCCCCGCGCCGUCACCUUGUCCUUCGCCGCGCCGGGGGCGGGGCCGCCGCGCAACGACUCGCGCCGCGAUUGGCGGAGGCGCCACGCCGACCGCUGCGCACGCGCGGCCACCGCCCGCCCGGCCCGCGCCUGCGCCUCGGGGGGCCGAGCCCGCCCCUCAGAGCGCCGGCAGGGGCUGCGUGAGCGCAGCCGGCAGCGAUAAACCCCGCGCCGCAGCUCCCGUUCCUUCCUUAUCGCUGCCCGGCUCGGGGAGCUUGCCAGCUGAGCCACGUGCCUCCCGCCGCCUUGCCCCGGGCAAUGUCAAACCUGAGACAGGCCCGAACGCGAGUUCCCUGUGCUGCCCUGGACCCGUGCUCUGCAGCGCUCACACCGAAUCAUGAAAGCAUCAGGGUUGGAAGAGAUGUUGAAGAUCAAGUCCACCCCCUAGCAACGCACCCAUUUUUUGAGAUUAGCUGAAAGAAGUCCUCCGUAUAACCCCAGGUUACACGUCUAGUAAUCACAUCUAGUAAUGCUUUCUAAUGACUGUCUGCUAAACACACGGGAUGCAAGUCCCUCAGCAGAAAGCUGAGAGAAUUGUGUCUCACCCUCUCACCAGACUCCGGAGUUCUGUCAACCCAAGCAGGGUCAGCCCUAGCACCAAGCGCUGUCUGCAGACUCCCUGGCCGAGUUCCACCUUUGGAGGAAUCCCAGUCCCUGGGAUGUCAGACUUCCCUCACUCUUCC